AGUGAUGCAAUGUUUUUGACCACGACUGAUGGGCGCACGGGAGUUAAAUUUGGACCACAGCCACUUCCCAUCGUUAGGCAAGUUUCUGCAGCUCUCUUCUCCAAGUUUGCCCUGCAAAAGGGAGCUGAACUGCGCUAUUACAACAAGUGGCGAGAUUGAAGCCGUUAGCUUGGGAAGCACCAAGAAGCAACAGUGGAUGACGAGAUAGUACAUGUAGAUAGUACGAAGCUGGCAGUUUCAAAAAUGGACGAUCCUCCACCGCCACCACCUCCUCCACCUCCAUCACGUCCUCCUCCGCCUCCUGGAACUCCCGAGCCAGACAUUGUGGUCGAACCAGAACCAGAUAUCGUGGUUGAACCAGAACCGGAUAUUGGCAUCCAACCGAGGGCCGACCCUCCUGCAUCGCGGCGAAAGAAGAGAACGUCGGAACAGAGCGGCACGAUAAUGACACGCGACAAUAAUAACAAAGAACAGAAAGAGGCUAGUGAAGAACACGAUGAUCAGCGAGAUGUCAAGAAAAAGCCAAAGCCAAAACGGCCGGAACGUUCCAGCGACAGGGAAAGGGGACACGGAAAAGUUAAAGCUAAGAAGACGUCCAAAAAGCCAGUAGCAGAAAUGAGCUUGGAAGAGGAGGAAGAGUUUCCAGACGGAUUCCCCGUUGACAUUGCAGUACCAGAUGAUUGGUCAGGGUUGUCAUCCCUUCCAAGUUUGCAUCGCAGAGUCCUGCCACCAACAAGAAUACGGAUUGUUAAACCUCCAGAUCCACCCCAAGAAGAAGAGCAGAAAGAGCAGCGGAAAAAGCCAAAAUCAACCAAACGACAAUCCAGAAGUCCACCAAAGCCUCGACCAAAGUCACCAAAAGUAUACGAUGACGAAGAAACUGGGAGUCUGACACUAUUGGAGGACCAAAUGAAGAAGAUAACCCGACACGUGCGCAAAAUGGAGAACAAGUUGUCGGCACAAAGCAAGAAACUGAAAAAAGUAGAAACAGAAUACGAGGAAGAAUUGGGAAAGAUGGACGAUUUGAAUCGGCAACUGGAAGAGACAGAAAGACAACUUCAAUCAAAGCGCAGGCGAGAAUCCCUGCUGGAAGAGUCAGACGGUGAACAUGAAGAAGAGAUGGAAAGACGGAGAAGACGAAAAGAGAGAAAGAAGAAGAAAAAGCGAAAGGAGAAGGCGAGACGAGAGAAGGAAUACGACAACGACCGUAGACAUCGAAAGAAACAUGCGCAUCGAAAGAAGAAGAAAUCUGCGAAGCGCAGAACACAGAUUGACUACGAGGCAAUGGGCUACAGAGACUAUGACGACUAUCGGGAAAACUCGAAGCACCGAAAACGGAGCAAGCAACCCAAGCGACGAUCCUUCAGCGGAACAGAAACGCCUUACGUCAAACCUGCCAAUCCUACUGGGAGGGAUACUCCAAUGUCAUGGCCAGCUACUCAUACACAGUACGAGUCGGGGCGAGCGACUCCUGAUUGGUUGCAGGAAGCUAGAGCAAGUCAAUCCGCCAAGGCCAAUCAACCACGGCCUUCAUACGAAACACAACCAACUGUAGGCAGGCCUUCUAAUCCUCCUCCUGGAUAUCGGCGAAAGCCUAGAUCUGAGAAGUUCAAGUACCAACCUCCCCCGCCAAUCGAAGAAGAUGAGAAUUCCCUGCGCCUUUGCACAGCUGGUAGUCUGGCAAGAAUGUUUUUACUUCCGCUACUUCUAGUUUUCAUGCUUGUCGUUCUUCUGAUCGUGUUCCUUGUCAUUCUCCCUGCCAGCAAGAACAACAAGUCCAAUUCUCAGCCUGAAUCAACGAAUGCUCCAACCAACCGUGGAGCUCCAUUGCCACCGCCGCCGCCACAACCUACAAAUGGAGUGGGACGAAUGGCAGCGCCUUCGUCGUUGGAGGAUCUUUUGCCGUGGGGCACCAAAGUUGUGCUACAUAACUUGUCGACGCCACAAGGCAUGGCUUACGAGUGGCUUAAAAAUGAUCCAGGUUUCGCUGGAUAUACAAUCAAUCGACUAAAGCAGAGAUUUGCUCUGGCGUGCCUCUACUACGGACUCGGUGGGCUUGACUGGACAGAGUCUGAUGGAUGGCUGUUGUACGAUGUCUCCGAAUGCCAGUGGUUCACAGGCCAUUCCAGUGAUAUAGCUUGUUCGGAUGGGAUCACCUACGAAUACUUGGUGCUUCCUCAGAACAACCUCUGGGGCUCGAUCGUUCCCGAGAUAGGCUUGCUUGGCAACCUAAAGGUUAUUGAUCUCAGCGAAAACUCCAUCGUCGGAAGUCUGCCUCCUCAAAUUGGUGAUGUCAGCUCAUUGGAACGUCUUGAGAUGUAUCAGACUGAUCUAUCGGGCGUUGUCCCUAGCGAAGUCGGGCUCUUGACUCACUUGGAGGUGCUUCACCUGUGGGAAACAUUCCUCAGCGGACCUCUGCCUGCCGCGUUAGGACAGUUGUCAUCGCUGAAAGAGCUGAUGAUGCAUAUGAAUAGACUUGAAGAAACCAUCCCGACAGAACUGGGACAGCUUCAGUCUCUGGAAAAGCUUUGGAUUGACCGAAACUCUCUCAAAGGCGCCAUCCCAAGCCAGUUGGGUUCUCUCACGAACAUGUCCGAGCUCAUGGCAUUUGGAAACUCUCUUUCGGGUCGCAUACCUUCCCACUUGAGCUCCGCUGUAACGUUGGAGCGCGUUGAAUUGGCUGAGAACUUGCUGACUGGAACUGUUCCAGCAGGCCUUUGUUCAUUGUUUGAUGGUCCCAAUUUGCAAACCAUUUCCAUUGACUGCUCACAGGUAUCCUGCGACUGCGGAUGCACCUGUGGAUGACGUGCUGUCCUGGGCUAGGGAAGCAGAGAAUGGCUCGAGAAAGAAAGAAACAAGAAGUUUUUAGAGGUCCUAGGGCAUGGAUUCCUUUUCUGGGUUUAUCGUCAUCUUUUGAACCACCAGUUUGGUACUAGUUCAAAAUCUCCACUCUAGCUUCAAGUGGAACUGAUGAGAGUCAGUCAGAAGUUCGGCUACCAGAGGGAAACGAUCUGGAGAUUGCUGGUUUGUUCCACAGCAACUCGUACUGAGUUGGGCUAUGUUCAUAACAAAAGGCCGGGCUUCACGAAAUGAGUCGAGUCGAGAUAAAUUCGUACAAGUAUCUAAAAGGCCGUGAUUCGCUUCAGGUUACUUACAUGUCAUGAACACCGAACCAAACACGCCGCGACGUAAGCCACCUAAAACUAAAAACAGUUCCGUUCCUAAA